AUGGCCCGUACCAAGCAAACAGCGCGCAAGUCGACUGGUGGCAAAGCUCCCCGCAAACAGCUGGCCACCAAAGCGGCGCGGAAGAGCGCUCCAGCCACGGGCGGAGUGAAGAAGCCUCAUCGCUACCGGCCCGGCACUGUGGCUCUGAGGGAGAUCCGGCGCUACCAGAAAUCCACCGAGCUGCUCAUCCGCAAACUGCCCUUCCAGCGUCUAGUGCGAGAAAUCGCUCAGGACUUCAAGACCGACCUGCGCUUCCAGAGCUCGGCCGUCAUGGCUCUGCAGGAGGCCAGCGAAGCUUACCUGGUUGGACUCUUUGAGGACACCAACCUGUGCGCCAUCCACGCCAAACGAGUCACCAUCAUGCCCAAAGACAUACAGUUGGCCCGCCGCAUCCGCGGCGAGCGCGCCUGAGUCCGGCCCCGGUACCAAGUACAACAAAAAGGCUCUUUUAAGAGCCACCAAUCCGACAAUGGAAAGGGCUGUCUGUUUCUGUUCAGUAACCUUUUGUAUUAACGACUUGCCAUUCCCCAGUUUUUAUUGUGUGUGCUAUGUGUCGUAACAGCAUAAAAACACAGACGUUAAGCCUGGACGUGAAUAACAUCCAGCCAUUUCAGAGCUGAAAUAAGAUUACCCAGUUUGUCACAGAAACGCCAACAAGGCCGAUCAGUUCUGUGCCGCUGAUUAACGGCAGGGCGAAAACCAGAGAUAAAACCUCACCCUCGCCGUUGGGGUGUCCCUGUCCCACAUCCCUGCCGUGUGCAGCUGGUUAUUGUGGGCAACGUUUCCAGGUAUUUGCGGUUGUUACUAUUUUGGAGAAUGGUUGUAGUGUUCACCAGCAACUUUGAUGUAUGUUGGU